AUAAAUAAAUAUAUCGUUGCUACGUAUGGAAUUUGGAAACUUGCGUUUUGGACGUUGAAUAUAUAAUUUUCUCUGCUUAAACCUGUUGCCCAUUUUUCUGGGAUUUUUGGGUUCUCUUUUUCCUCUGCAACUGAGCUCAAAGGAAGUGCUUCUGUGUGAGAAAUUAUUUCCUUGUGAAGUAAUUAAGAAAUUUGAGAUUAAGAUUGCAUUAAGAAGUAUGAGUUUGUACUUGUAGUGUGCCUUCAGUAGUGAACAUCUGUUUUGGGGUUGUAUACCCCAAAUUUCUGAGCCUCGGGUAUAGGCAGGAAGUUAAUUGUAUUGGAUUGCGAGCAUGCUGCCACAAGCUAUGGUUUUUGAGCCAAUAGAUUGGUAUUGCCAACCAGAAGCUAAUUGGGUGUGGGCAGCUAAAGCAGCAAGUGCUUUUGGCUCAUACACUCCUUGUGCAAUUGACUCCCUAGCCAUCUCCAUUUCUCACUUGGUUCUUAUGAGCCUUUGCUGCUACCGGAUAUGGAUGAUCAAGAUGAGUUCAAAAGCCCGGAGGUUUCGAUUGAGGUCGAAUUACUACAAUUACAUUUUGGGUUUGUUGGCUGGUUACUUCACUGCACAGCCCUUACUGAGGUUGCUGAUGGGCAUGUCAUAUUUUAACUUGAACACACAAUCUGGCUCUGCUCCUUUUGAGAUGACUUCUGCAGUCAUUGAGUCAAUUGCUUGGUGCUCCAUGCUAAUUAUGAUUGGCUUGGAGACUAAGAUAUACAUAAAGGAAUUCCGGUGGUUUGUAAGGUUUGGAGUCAUUUAUGUCUUGGUGGGAGAAGCUGUGGUGCUAAACCUUAUUCUUUCAGUGGCAGAUUACUACACCAGAGGUACUCUGUAUCUGUAUAUAAGCACGGUCUGUUGCCAGGUGCUGUUUGGAAUUCUACUUCUCGUUUAUAUUCCCAAUUUGGAUCCUUAUCCGGGUUACAUUGCUCUUCAAUCCGAGCCUCUUGAUAAUGUCGAAUAUGAAGCACUACCUGGAGAAGAACAAAUUUGCCCUGAAAGACAUGUUAAUAUAUUUUCCAGAAUAUAUUUCGGAUGGAUGACUCCACUCAUGCAGCUUGGGUAUCGAAAACCCAUCACCGAAUCAGAUGUUUGGAAGUUGGAUACGUGGGAUCAGACUGAGACACUAAUUAAAAAGUUCCAGACAUGUUGGGAUAAAGAAUGUCAAAGGCCUAAGCCAUGGCUUCUAAGAGCAUUGAACUGUAGCCUUGGGGGAAGGUUCUGGUGGGGAGGCUUAUUCAAGAUUGGAAAUGAUCUUUCUCAGUUUGCGGGUCCGGUUCUACUAAGUCAUCUCUUGCAGUCAAUGCAACAAGGCGAUCCGACUUGGAUUGGUUACAUUUAUGCUUUCUCAAUUUUCGCUGGUGUGUCACUUGGUGUGCUCUGUGAAGCUCAGUAUUUCCAGAAUGUUAUGCGGGUCGGUUUUAGGCUAAGAUCAACUUUGGUUGCUGCUGUAUUCCGUAAAUCUAUAAGAAUAACACAUGAAGGCCGUAAGAAGUUUCCAUCUGGGAAGAUAACAAAUAUGAUGUCAACAGAUGCUAAUGCACUCCAGCAAAUAUGUCAACAACUUCAUGGAUUGUGGUCAGCUCCUUUUCGUAUCACUGUAGCUAUGGUUCUUCUUUACCAGCAACUAGGUGUGGCAUCACUCAUUGGAUCAGGAAUGCUGGUUCUCAUGAUCCCCAUACAGACAUUUGUGAUCAGCAAAAUGCGAAAACUGACAAAGGAUGGACUACAGCAAACUGACAAGAGAGUUGGCCUCAUGAAUGAAAUUUUGGCAGCCAUGGAUACAGUGAAAUGUUACGCCUGGGAGACAAGUUUCCAACACCGAGUUCAAAGUAUAAGGAAUGAUGAGUUGUCAAGGUUCCGUAAAGCGCAAUUACUAUCUUCUUUUAACAGUUUUAUACUGAACAGCAUCCCAGUUGUUGUGACAUUAACAUCGUUUGGGGUGUUCACUGCUCUUGGUGGCGAAUUGACACCUGCAAGGGCAUUUACGUCCCUUUCUCUUUUCGCAGUGCUACGGUUUCCUCUAAACAUGCUGCCUAGCUUACUAAGUCAGGUUGUGAAUGCAAAUGUAUCGUUACAACGUUUGGAGGAACUAUUUUUAACUGAGGAGAGAAUUCUAGUACCGAACUUGCCUCUUGAACCAGGGCUGCCGGCCAUCUCAAUUAAGGAUGGGUACUUUUCAUGGGAUUCAAAGGCAGAGAAUCCCACAUUAUCGAACAUCAACUUAGAUAUACCAGUUGGCAGCUUAGUAGCAGUUGUUGGUGGAACUGGAGAAGGGAAGACAUCGCUGGUAUCAGCCAUGCUUGGUGAGCUGCCUCCCAGAACAGAUGCCAGUGUUGUAAUCAGGGGGACUGUAGCUUAUGUUCCCCAAGUUUCAUGGAUUUUCAACGCUACUGUACGUGAUAAUAUAUUAUUUGGAUCUAAAUUCGAAUCUGCACGAUAUUGGAAGGCCAUUGAUUUGACCGAGUUACAGCAUGAUCUAGACUUACUUCCAGGUCGAGAUCUAACAGAGAUAGGUGAAAGAGGGGUGAAUAUUAGCGGCGGUCAAAAGCAAAGAGUUUCAAUGGCUAGAGCUGUAUAUUCUGAUUCAGAUGUUUACGUAUUUGACGACCCGUUAAGUGCUCUAGAUGCUCAUGUGGCGAGAGAGGUUUUCAACCGCUGUAUCAAGGAAGAGUUGCAAGGGAAAACUCGGGUGCUGGUCACAAAUCAGCUACAUUUUCUUCCUCAAGUGGAUCAUAUUAUUUUAGUCUCUGAAGGUAUGAUUAAAGGCGAGGGAACAUUUAAGGAGCUCUCUGAAAGCAGUACGCUGUUCCAGAAGCUAAUGGAAAAUGCAGGGAAAAUGGAAGCACAUGUCGAAGAAAAGGAAGAGAGUGAAAAUGAUGACCAUGAGAGCUCAACACCUACUUCCAAUGGGGUGUCGAAUGAGUUGCCAAAAGAUGCAAGCAACCCAAAGAAAGGGAAAGGGGCGAAAUCAGUACUCAUUAAACAAGAGGAAAGGGAAACAGGCAUUGUCAGUUGGAAAAUUCUAAUGAGGUACAAAAAUGCAUUAGGAGGGCUAUGGGUGGUCAUGGUUCUAUUUGCGUGUUAUACAUUAACAGAAGUUCUUCGAGUUUCGAGCAGCACAUGGUUAAGUGUUUGGACAUCAAAAAGCACAUCAAAGAGUUAUAAACCUGGAUUCUUCAUUCUUGUGUAUGGUCUUCUGUCAUUUGGUCAGGUAACAGUGACACUGACGAACUCUUUUUGGUUAAUCACGUCAAGCCUUCAUGCAGCCAGAAGACUGCACGAUGCUCUGCUUAAUGCUAUAAUGAGAGCUCCAAUGGUAUUCUUCCACACUAAUCCAACAGGACGGAUAAUCAAUAGGUUUGCGAAAGAUCUGGGUGACAUAGAUCGCGGCGUAGCAAUGGUUGUGAACAUGUUUAUGGGUCAAGUGUGGCAGCUCUUUUCAACUUUUGUGCUCAUAGGCAUUGUGAGCACAAUAUCCCUCUGGGCCAUAAUGCCACUUCUGAUUUUGUUCUAUGCAGCCUAUCUUUUUUAUCAGAGCACAUCCCGUGAAGUGAAACGUUUGGAUUCCAUUAGCAGAUCUCCUGUUUAUGCACAAUUUGGAGAGGCAUUGAAUGGUUUGUCAACCAUUCGUGCCUACAAAGCGUAUGAUCGGAUGGCCAACAUUAGCGGAAGGUCCAUGGACAAGAACAUCAGAUUCACCCUUGUGAAUAUCAGUUCAAAUCGCUGGCUUACGAUUAGGUUGGAAACACUCGGAGGUCUGAUGAUUUGGUUGAUAGCAAGCUUUGCUGUCAUGCAAAACGGAAGAGCAGAAGACAAAUUAGCAUUUGCAUCUACAAUGGGUCUACUUCUCACUUAUACUUUAAAUAUCACAAAUUUGUUGAGCGGUGUUCUUAGGACAGCCAGCCGGGCUGAAAAUAGUUUAAAUGCCGUUGAGCGUGUUGGAUCCUAUAUAGAACUGCCUUCUGAGGCACCGGCUGUAAUUGAAAGCAACCGUCCCCAACCUGGGUGGCCAUCGUCAGGAUCAAUCGAGUUUGAAGAUGUCGUCCUGCGUUAUAGGCCUGGACUUCCUCCGGUAUUGCACGGAUUAUCUUUUACAGUUUCUGCGAGUGAAAAGCUAGGAAUAGUCGGAAGAACUGGUGCAGGGAAAUCUAGCAUGAUUAAUGCAUUGUUUAGGAUAGUAGAAAUCGAAAAGGGAAGAAUCUUGAUAGAUAGUUGUGAUGUUUCCAAGUUUGGACUGACGGAUUUGCGAAAAGUUCUUAGUAUCAUACCCCAGUCACCGGUUCUUUUUUCAGGAACUGUGCGGUUUAACCUUGAUCCCUUCAGCGAGCAUAGCGACGCUGACCUUUGGGAAGCUCUAGAGAGGGCACAUCUAAAGGAUGUCAUUAGGCGGAAUUCUCUCGGUCUGGAUGCUGAGGUUUCAGAAGGAGGCGAAAACUUUAGCGUUGGGCAGAGGCAACUAUUAAGUCUUGCUAGAGCAUUGCUGCGAAGAUCAAAGAUUCUUGUUCUUGAUGAAGCAACUGCUGCUGUCGACGUUGGGACUGAUGCUCUUAUCCAGAAAACCAUUCGCGAAGAGUUCAAAUCAUGCACCAUGCUCGUUAUUGCUCACAGAUUAAAUACCAUAAUUGACUGUGAUCGAAUUCUGGUUCUGGAUACCGGUCAGGUCCUGGAACAUGACUCCCCAGACAAACUCCUAUCAAACGAAGAGAGUGCCUUCUCCAAGAUGGUCAAGAGCACGGGACCUGCAAAUGCUGAGUACUUGCGCGGCCUGGUAUUUGGAGGUAAACAGCAUAAGUUCGUUAGAGACCGAACGAAGCAGCUGGCUGGUCAGAGCCAGAGGGGAUGGUUAGCCUCUUCGCGCUGGGCCGCUGCUGCCCAGUUAGCCUUAGCUGUUAGUCUCACUUCUUCGCAAAACGACCUUCGAGGAAUGGACAUUGAAGACAAAAACAAUAUCAUCAUGAAAACAAAUGAUGCAGUAAUAACACUUCAGGGAGUUUUGGAAGGGAAGCAUGACAAAGAGAUAGACGACACACUGAAUCAACACCAUAUACCAAGGGAAGGAUGGUGGUCGGCUUUCUUCAGAGUAGUAGAAGGUAUGGCUGUGAUGGGCAGGCUGGCUCACAACAGACUUCAGCCGUUAGAAGACGACUUUGAAAACAAAGAAAUAGAUUGGAUUUGAACAGAGAGCAAGAAAUGUUUCAUAUUUGUAUAGGCCAAGGAUUUUCAGAUGUCCAAAUUGCAACAAGCAGAAAGGAGUUAUCAUCUCUGCUUAUAACUACAAUCCAUAAGUUGUCAUGAACAACAGUAAAUCUAUAUUUUCGAAGGAAAAAUGUUUCAGUUCUUUCUGCAAGUAUGCGUACUGCUUAGUAUUACUUUGACAUUCUUUUACUAAUUUUAGAUUCAAAUGAUUCCGAAGACAGUAAUCAAAGUUGCAAACUUCAUUCCGAUGUGAUUUAUAAACGUUCCCCCAUCCCCUUC